AAAAAAAAAAAAGAAAAAAAAAAGGGAGACUGCAAACCAUCUCGUACUGCUACCACUCACUCACCAAGUCUGACUUCGGACUCGGCAAUUCGCUGCCGAAAUCUGCACUCGGUUGUGCUCUGGCAGGCGAAUUCUCGUGCGCAUCUCUCCAAGCUGCGUCAUGGGCAACACCAGGGCGCCCGUGGGAUCCCAGUUAUGCUUCGGUAUUUGUUCAGUGCGCGCGAGCCCGCCCCUCAACCGCCAUCCGAACCACAAGAGCCUACGCUGGAGCUUGAGCCCGACACCCCCGCUGCCGCGAUACCGACCACGGGCAGGAAGCGCAAGGCCAGCGAUGCUGUUCCGACCAAUCACGAUGGCCCCAGCCUCUCCCAAAGGCCCGCGCAACGAAGGCGCCUAGUGGAAGGCGACCAGAUUUUCCCGCAGAGGCCUCCGAGCGAGGGAAGUUGCCAUUCAGAGGAUGGACAACCUGCGUCUUCCUCGUUGACAACCCCUCCAACAGAAUCGACCCGGGCCCCCAAACCAAAUACCGACACGACGGUGGAGUAUGAGGCGAACAUCAUACAGACCACGAAGAAGCGGUCACCCGCCAAGCUCAAGGCUCGACCGGCUCCGACAAGCGAUAGCGAGGCCGACGGCCAUGGCACGCAGAGCAGCACCGAUGACGACAAACAACUGCUACCCCGCAAGGCACGGCUUAGUGUUGACCUCUCCACUCCCACCCACACGGACGAUCAAUGUGCGAUUUCUUUCGAUGACGCAGAAACCCGAUAUGGAUUCGCAAGCCAGAGUCCUCCAAGCCACACACAGGCCACCGUGUAUGACUUCGCAACCCAGAGUCCGCCGAACCACACACAGGCCACCGUAUACGACUUCCCAAGCCAGAGUCCGCCGAGCCGCACACAGGCCACCGUGCGGAGUCCUGUGGCUCGUCGCGGAAGGCCACACAAGCCUCUACAAGAGGAGCUCGCCGACGACCAGAGUGAUUCCGAAAGCAGCGAGUAUGAUCCUUUGAGCAUUGGCGUCCGCCAGCGAACCCCUGGCAAGCAGCAGGCCGACGAUGCUUUCGAGUCCUCUCAUCUCGCCGCCCCGCAGAAGAGUAACAACAAGGACGACGAGGAGGAGCAGGACUGCCAGCUGGAAGACAACGAGGAGGAGCAGGACCGCCAGCUGGAAGAUGACGAGGAGGAGCAAGAUGGCCAUCUGGAAGAUGACGAUGGGCAGGUGGCCAUAAUCGAGUCCAAUUCCGACCCUGAGGCCAUCCCAAUCAUCCUCAACGAAGACGUCACCGACAAAAAGUUCACCAUCAGCUCCAUCGUCGACCACCGGCGAGAUGCAGAUAUUGACCACGCAUUCGAAUUGUCGGUCCGGUGGGUGAACUUUGCGGAACCGAGCUGGGAGUCGGAGCGGUCUAUCCAGGCCCAGGUACCCGAGCUCUUGUAUAAAUACUGGGAAAGCGUUGGAGGGCGUCCCAUUACCGGGGCGUUUCGCGUGUUCUCGGUGCUGCGGCACUGGUCUGCUAGGCCACUUCGGGUAGACUCACGGGGACCCCAGCCUAAGAAGCGCACGAAAUAUCUCGUGCAGUGGGAGGGCUACUCUGCGGAUCCUCAGCACACGUCUGUGGAGACCAGGGAGAAGCUUCGCGAUAUCGCGCCCCGUGAAUUGGACCUAUAUCUCGAGCAUGUCAGAGAACAGCGGCAGGCCAAGUAAUGUGACCAUACCUGUUGGCCCCUUUUUUCACUCUCAGUUCAAACUGGAGUCAAGGCUAUUGGGGACAUCACGACGUAUUCCAGCGCCGGGCACAAGCUUAAUGGUGAAAGUGGAGUUUGGUAAAAUGGGAACGGGGAUUGGAUUCCGCACUGGCGGGUACGAGUUGGCGUCGAAGGCGUACGGCACAGUAAAGGAGAGUCAUCGCCUUCAGGGGACAUUGUUCAAAACCGUAUCCAGCGUUGAUUUCAGUGGUAAUUAACCAAAAGAUAAUAACACAACAUCGCCAUUAACGCCUACGCACUCUGAUAGUCCGGACUGUGGCACAACUGGCAGCUCUCAAC